GAACACUUUUGCUCUCCACCAAAUCAAAAUAUAGUUCAAUAAAGCAGCAGCAAGAAAUGAGUGGCGUAAAUGGUAUAACAAAGCUAAAGGAAAUGACAGAGUUUGAAAAGAGAAUUAUAAAUUUAAUCUCAAAGGAAGCAGUGGAUGGAGACUAUUAUCCUGAACUUGGAUUUGACAAAAUUGAAGAGGAUUGCUUUAUAGAUCGGAGCCCUCCGUUGUUUGAAGAAGUUAGUGAAGUGGAUACUACACAAUUUAUUCCGGAGAGUCAGACGGACGCAUAUCAAAACGAUGCAAUGCCCUCCACUCUGAAUAGCAAAACGCCAAAGGUACUUCAGAAAACUAAGAAGCGCCAGACAAGAGACAAGUUGUUUGCUGAUGAAGUAAUAGAUUAUGACGAUUUUACCCACAACGAGAAAAAAAAGUGCAGGCGCUAGAGGAAUUAGUAAGCUUGAAGAAAGAUGCAAAAAAAAAAACAGCAAUGAUUUCAUUUUGCCUUUAAUAAUUAAUA